AUGGAAAACCUCACCAUCUUAACCCUCGCGCACAACCUCAGCAGCAGCAGCAGCAGCAGCAACUCCUCCCUCCCCCCCACAGCUCUCACGGCAGACCUCGCGCACUACCGCGACCACUUCUCCAAACUCCGCUUCUCCUACCUCGAACAAGUCACCAAAGAACGCUUCCUACGCGCCAUCGUCGCCGACCCACCGGAAUUCGCAGAUGCGGCUGAGAAUUCAGAGUUGGAAGGGAAGAUUGUGCGGGAUAAAGCCGUGUUGAAGGCUAAGAAGGAGGAGGUGAGGGGCAUGUGUGGGGAGUUGGAGGAGCAGGGUCGUUUGCUUGCUGGACGUUACGAACAGCUAGAACUCCGACAAACGCUCCUAGCAACUUUACCGGAACAAAUCACAGAAUUAGAACGCACGAUCCAGACGCUUCGAUUCCAGGAAAGCGAACAGAAGAAUCCCCGUUCCGAGGAACCGGAUUGUAAUCUCCCGCUCCCGGCGAGUAAGGAUCUGUUGCAGCAGCGAGAGCAAGAACUCACGAGUUUGGAAUUGGAGAUUCAGAGAUUGGAAGCUGCGUUGCCGGCGCAAAAAGCUGAGGUAAAGAGGUUGAGGGAUGAAUUGGCUCCUGUGCAGUUGAGGAAAAUUAAAGCGACGGAGGAGGCUGAGGAUGCGAGGAGGAGGAGAGCAGAGGGGGGUGGGGAUGAAUUGGAGGAGAGGGGGAGGUGGUUGAGAGGGGUUGAGGGUACUUUGAAGGCUGCUUUGGAGGUUUAG